GGCUGAGAUUGAACGAGUUGAAACGAUAGAGAACUAUUUUGCUAGAGAGGAUAUGGAGGAGAGGAGGUGAAGGGCAGAGGAACUUCUGGCUCAGGGAGGAAGAUGGCGUCGGAGGACCUUCCUGUGCCGCUUGGAGGGUGGAAGCGGCUCCUGGGAGGUCCUGCAACCAUUUUUUAAACAAUGAAAUUAGCCCAUUACUGUGAAUCUUACAGACAAAGAGGAUGCCAAGAAGAGCACGCUGAACAACAAAGAAUGAGAAGCAGCAUUAAAAUCCAAAAUGAACCAUCAGUCAGAAAAGCUUCCUCAUAAUUCAUGGAAGGACCCAUACCGAAGUGAAACUACCAGUGCUUCCAAUACAAGAAAAGAUUAAGCAUGAACACCAAUGUGGUGAGACACAAGAGGACUCAUACUGGGGAGAAACUCUUCGAAUGUCCUGAUUGUGGGAAAAGCUGCUCUCAAAAUUCUGACCUGGUGAUACAUCAGAGGACUCACAUGGGAGAGAGACCAUAUGAGUGUCCGGAUUGUGGGAAAAGCUUCAAGGAGAAUUUCAAGCUUGUGAUACAUCGGAGGAUUCACACAGGAGAAAAACCAUAUGAAUGCCCAGAUUGUGGGAAAGGUUUCAAUUGGAAUUCCGAGUUGGAAGUACACCAGAGGACUCACACAGGAGAAAAACCAUAUGAGUGUCCUGAUUGUGGGAAAGGUUUCUCUCGGAAUUCUAAUCUGGUGAAACAUCAGAGGACUCACACAGGAGAGAAACCAUAUGAAUGUCAUUGUGGGAAAAGUUUCAGUCAUAAUUCGUAUCUGGUGAGACACCAGAGGACUCACACGGGAGAGAAACCAUUUGAGUGUUCAGAUUGUGGAAAAGGAUUCAAUAUGAAUUCUGAGCUGGUGAUACACCAGAGGAUUCACACAGGAGAAAAACCAUAUAAGUGUCUGGAGUGUGGUAAAUGUUUCAUUCAAACUUCCCACCUGAUUAUACACCAGAGGACUCACACAGGAGAGAAACCAUAUGAGUGUCUAUAUUGUGGGAAACGUUUCACUCGGAAUUCUGACAUGGUGAUACACCAGAGGACCCACACGGGAGAGAAACCAUAUAAGUGUGCAGAUUGUGGGAAACAUUUCACUCGGAAUUCUGACAUGGUGAAACAUCAGAAAACACAUACAGAAGAGAAAGCAUAUAAAUGUUGUGAUUGUGGAAAAAGUUUCAGUCAGAAUUCCUACCUGGUGAAACACCAGAGGACUCACAUGGGAGAGAAACCAUAUAAGUGUGCAGAUUGUGAGGAAAGCUUCCAUCGGAAUUCUCACCUGGCAGUACACCAGAGAACUCACACGGGGGACAAACUGUAUCAAUGCCCGGAUUGUGGGAAAAGUUUCACUCGGAAUUCUAACCUGGUGAUGCACCAGUUGACUCACACAGGAGAAAAAUUAUAUGAGUGUCUGUUCUGUGGGAAAAGUUUCUUUCGGAAUGACAACUUGGUGAUUCAUCAGAGGACUCACACAGGAGAGAAACCAUAUGAGUGUCCUGAUUGUGGGAAAAGUUUCACUCAGGCCUCCCACCUGGUGAGACACCAGAAAACUCACACAGGAAAAAAACCCUAUGAGUGCCUUGAUUGUGGGAAAAGAUUCAGUUGGAAUUUCCACCUGGUGAUACACCAGAAGACACACACAGGAGAAAAACUGUGUGAGUGGCCCGAGUGUGGCAAAAAAUUCAGUUGCAAGUCUGAACUGGUGAAACACCAGAAAACUCACAAAGAAAAGAGACUGUAUGAGUGUCUGGAUUGUGGGAAAAGUUUUCUGCAUAAUUCCAAGAUGGUGAUACACCAGAGGACUCACACCGGAGAGAAACCAUAUGAGUGUCUUGACUGUGGGAAAUGUUUCUUUCGGAAUUACGACUUGGUGAUACACCGAAGGACUCACACAGGAGAGAAACCAUAUGAGUGUCCAGACUGUGGGAAAUGUUUCUGUCGGAAUUAUGACUUGGUGAUACACCGAAGGACUCACACAGGAGAGAAACCAUAUGAGUGUCCAGACUGUGGGAAAGAUUUCAGUACUAGGACUAGCCUUCUAAAUCAUGUAAAGUUACACAUAGGAGAAUAACAAUUUAUAUACCCAGAUUGUGGGCAGUGUUUGCUCAUAAUUCCUUUCUUAUCAUACAAGAGAUUUCACUUGAGGCAAAAUUUGAUGUGUGUAGAGGAAUCUUGAAUUUCAUUUCUUGUCUCUUAUGGAAACGCAGCUGAGCAAUUAACCAUGUAAUUUUUUGCAUGAUUCUUUUUAGUGAAACAUGUCUUCGUAUCAAACAUCGGGGAGGAAUAGAAUAGAAUAACAAAAUUGGAAGGAACUUUAUAGGUCAUCUAGUCCAAACCAAGCAGGGAACCCUAUAACAUUUCUGACACAUUGCAGUCCAGUCUCCUCUUCAAGGGGCUCCAGUGAUGAAGCACUCGCUACUUCUGAAGGCGAGCUGUUCCAUUGGUUGAUUCUUCUCACUGUCAGAAAACGUCUCCUUAUUUCUAGUUUGAAUCUCUCCUUGAUCAGUUUCCGUCCAUUGUUCCUUGUCUGGCCUUCGGGUGCUCUGGAAAAAAGGUUGUCCCUCUCCUCUUUGUGACCUCUCCAAUAUUGGAGGACUGCUUUCAUGCCACACCUGAUUCUUGUCUUCCCUAGACUAGCCAUGCCCAGUUCCUGUAACUGUUCUUCAUGUUUUUUAGCCUGCAGGCCUCUAAUCUGAGCAUCCUUUCUCUGUCCCACUGAGAUAGUUCCCUUUCAUGGAGUCGAGGGGAACUGCCAUGCUGGGCCAAAGAAAACGAGGUUGGAUCUCUAUUAAUUUGCCACCUUUAGUUAUUUCUACAUAUAAUAAAGGGGGAUAUAAAUGUG